GUUUAUAAGAAGCGCAAAUGGUUCAAAAUAUCGUAAAGCUUUGAUUUUCGAGUUCAUUUGCGUAGUAUUUAAACGUUCGUCGAUCUAUCGUAUUUUUUUUUUUAAAUUCAGUUCAAACCCUUUUAAAUCAUAUAGAACUUAUCAAAACAAGAAAUAUUUGUUUUCGUGCUUCUAAGGGGAACUACUCUUUACAAACCUAUAUUAUCACGAUUCUUUCAUCGAAUUGCGAAAAACCGUCUCUAAGCUCCACAAUAGUUACGCCACACAGUUUUUUAUAAUUUUUUUUUUUUCAUAACAUUACCCACACCAUUGGAAGCGACAUUAGCAGGAUUUAUAAGUAUUCUUCGCGUUGCGGUAAAAAAGCCCAAUCAAAUGAAUAUCUUUCAUCACCAUGCUGACGUCAAUAUGUGAAAAAAUUGCUUCAACCUCUAUACACCUUUAGUUUUUUGCACCUCUGUGCUCGUAACUAAUGAUUUUUUUUUUUCGUUUGCAUCUUCUAUCUUGAUAUCUUUUUACAAAAGGUAUUUUAUUAUAAGAGUUGAAAUCAAUGCUUGGAGAGUUUUACGAUCACUAGGCAGAGCUAAAAUCAUAAUUUAUUGCACGAAAACAAACUACUUGUUGCUUGAUGAAUAAACAAACGUCAUGAUAGUUUUUAUGAGGCUGGACAAAAACUGUUUUUUUUUUAUAAAUAUAAACAUUUUGUUAUUUACGAAAAAUUUCGUGGAAAUGUAUUUUUGUAUGUCCCCCGGAAAGAUAAGAAGCUUUUUUAAGACCACCAGACUCGAAGGCUACGCACUCUGCGUGUGAGCUUUGAAAAAAAUAUGCUCGUCGCUGUUACCGAUAGUGGGUAAGAAAACUACCACAGUUUAUACAUUAUCAUCGAUCGCGACAAUUUUUAUACGAUAUCUUUACAUCAUUUAUUCCAGUAAUAUUUAUUGCGAUUGCAAAAUACAGUAAUACUUUUUUAAUUGCCAAAAUAUAUAAAGUAGUUUAACAACGUUCUGAAGUAUUUUAAAGAAGUACAAAACAAAAGACCGUAAAUAAAUUAUUUGUUCAUAACCCAAAAUCACAAUUGUCUUUCGGUGUCAAAAUUGCAAGUUACGUUUUCGAGCUACUAAAUUAGAAAGUGCAUAUUGAUUAAUCACUGAAUCAAAAUCAAAUAAAAAACUUGAAAAAUGUCAAGUCGUAGAACUGGUGGACAACCGAGCAGGUCGAAAUCAACGGCACCUAGAAAAAAUCGACCGACACCUCGACCUCCUCCCCCUCCCCCACAUCAACAGCAACCUCCAAAAAAAGCGGGUGACGUUGUAAUCAUUCAACCCGUACCUCGUCAACCAGGUGUUCUAGGUACAUUUGCAGGGACUGCAGCUGGAGUUGCAGCGGGAACAGUUAUCGGUGACAAAAUAACAGGAAGGAGUGAGUCUGACUCUUCAUCAUUAGCACCUCCUGCUGGUGUACCCCCAUCAGGACCUUGCCAAUAUGACGAGCUACAGCUUCUGGGCUGUGCUCAGAAUGAAGAAGAUUUGCGCAUUUGCGAAUCUUUUAGACAGGCCUGGCUUGAUUGUAAACGAAAAUACAGUACGUUAUGCUCAUAAUUUAGCUUUUAUCUGCAAAUCAGUAAGGUUAAUAGGAUCAAUAUUAUGACUUGGCAGUAAGAAAACUUGUCUUAGAUAGAUUAUUAUUCUCUUCUAUAUUAAAAUAAAUUGAGGCUAUAAGCAACUUCCAGCUUAAAUGAUGAUUCUCCUCUAUGAAUUUUAUUAUGGUCGCAAUUUGAUGUUAUGAACGUAUAAAAUAUAGAGAAUCGUUAUUAAUAUCCAAAAAAAUAGAUCUAGGAUUCAUCAGUGUUCUACUUAUUGACAGCCAUACAUCACUUUGCGCAAAAUCGGGCAAAACGAUAAACAAUAUUUUGUGUUCAUAAUCGACUUUUAAUAUACUUCUCUAGUAAUACAGUGCCGUUUAUUUGCUACAAAUCGACCGUAUUCUCUGUUAUUAUAAAUUAAUACACUUUGGAAAUGAAAAAAUUACAAUAAAAAAAUUGAUUCGUGUAGUAUGUUUAUAACGAUUUUUUAAACUAAAUAAGAAUAUAUAUUCAACAAAAAUCAUAGUAUAAAAAAAAUUAACAAAACACAUUUCCAUAUGCAGUCAUGUAUUUUAAUAAAUAAGACAUCUGAAUAACCUUUAAGAAUUCCUACAGCCUUCUUGAUUUGAGAUAAAAGUGACUAUACAGUAAUAUAGAUUACAUUUUAAAAAAUAUCGAAUAUUUGCAAUUUAUAAUUUGACU